GAUAACUACAAAAUUUACAAAUAAGAAAUUUGUCUUGAGUUUUUUUCAGUAUUUUUUAUUUCGAUUUGUGUAGUGUAUUUUUAACAAUGGAGGGAAAAAAAAAGUCAAAAAGUGUGACUUAUGAACAAAAACAAUUAUUAAUUGAUUUUGUUCAUAAGCACCCUAAAUUAAACUCUAAAAAAUUUGGACCAUCUUUUACCAUGAAAGAUGCCCAAUUAUUAUGGCAAAAUAUUACUAAAAAUUUAAAUGAAACUGUUGGCCCAAAGAAGACAUGGGUGGAAUGGAGAAAGUGUUUUCAAUAUUUAAAAUCAGCUGCUAAACAAAAAGUACCAUCAAAAUCAAGUUUUAAAAAAACUGGCGGGGGAGAAAGAGAUGAUGAUGAAUAUAUUGAUCAGGCUGAUGAACAAUUAUUAGAUAUUAUAGGUCCUACUGCUGUACAUGGUCAUGAUUUAGUCAAUGAAAGUACCUGUAUGGUUUCUUUCGUUACUAAUGAUGUUGAUCCUGUGCAAACUUUAGAGGAAACUUCAACUCAUAAUUUAAUUUCUAUUGAGGCUAAUCCAGUUGAAAUAUGUGUACAAGAGAACAGUAAUUUAGAGUUUAAAGAUAACAAUAUUAAUUUUGAAAAUUGUGAUAAACUAAAUAUGGCUGAAAAAGAACUUGAGCUUGAUCCGUUUGAUACUUAUAUUAGAAAUAAUAAUAAAAGGCAUGCUGAUGUUGUUAAAGAUAUUGCCAACUAUCAAAAAACAUAUAAUAAUUUUAGGUCAAAUAUGGUAAAUUUCUCAAUUUGCCAAAUUACGGAGUCAAAUAUUAAGGGAGUAUAAAUUUGUUAUAUAUUGCUUCUUGCAUCAAACCUUUAUCCAUUUACUU